GGCGGCGGCGGCAGCGGCGGCGGCAGCAGCGGCGACGGCGGCGGCGCCCUGGGUCGGUGUCUGCGCGCUGGUGUCUAAGGCCUGAGCGGAGGCCUCCUCAGUUGCUGGAGCGCAGGCGGCUGGGAGGAUGACUGUCGCUGCCGUUCUCUCCUGAGACACAGCCGCCGCCACCUCCACCAGGCCCCCGCAGGCAGGGCGGAGACGAGCGGUCGGAGUCUGAGCGAUGGUGCCCGGCGAGGAGAACCAACUGGUCCCGAAGGAGGAUGUGUUUUGGAGAUGCAGACAAAAUAUCUUUGAUGAAAUGAAGAAGAAAUUUUUACAGAUAGAAAAUGCUGCUGAAGAACCUAGAGUCUUAUGUAUAAUACAAGACACUACUAACUCGAAGACAGUGAGUGAACGGAUCACAUUAAAUUUACCAGCAUCUACCCCAGUCCGAAAGCUCUUUGAAGAUGUGGCCAACAAAGUAGGCUACAUAAAUGGAACCUUUGAUUUGACCAGGGAAAAUGGAGUCACUACUGCUGACAUGGCACCACUGGAUCACACCAGUGACAAGUCUCUUCUUGAUGCUAAUUUUGAGCCAGGAAAGAAGAACUUUCUGCAUUUGACAGAUAAAGAUGGUGAACCGCCUCAGAUGUUGUUGGAGGACUCCAAUAACGUGGAUGACAGCGUGCAUGACAGGUUCAUAGGUCCACUGCCAAGAGAAGGUUCUGUGGCCUCUACCAAUGAUUAUGUCAGCCAGAACUACUCCUAUUCAUCAAUUUUGAACAAGUCAGAAACUGGUUAUGUGGGAUUAGUAAACCAGGCGAUGACGUGCUAUUUGAAUAGCCUUUUGCAAACACUUUUUAUGACUCCUGAAUUUAGGAAUGCAUUAUAUAAGUGGGAAUUUGAAGACUCUGAAGAAGAUCCUGUAACGAGUAUCCCAUACCAGCUUCAAAGGCUUUUUGUUUUGUUACAAACCAGCAAAAAGAGAGCAAUUGAGACCACAGAUGUUACAAGGAGCUUUGGAUGGGAUAGCAGUGAGGCUUGGCAACAGCAUGAUGUACAAGAACUGUGCCGUGUUAUGUUUGAUGCUUUGGAACAGAAAUGGAAGCAAACAGAACAGGCUGAUCUUAUAAAUGAGCUGUACCAAGGCAAGCUGAAAGAUUAUGUGAGGUGUCUGGAAUGCGGUUAUGAAGGCUGGAGAAUUGACACGUAUCUUGAUAUUCCACUGGUCAUCCGACCUUAUGGGUCCAGCCAAGCGUUUGCUAGUGUGGAAGAAGCGUUGCAUGCAUUUAUUCAACCAGAGAUCUUGGAUGGCCCAAAUCAAUAUUUUUGUGAACGUUGUAAGAAGAAGUGUGAUGCUCGGAAGGGCCUUCGGUUUUUGCAUUUCCCCUAUCUGCUGACCUUACAGUUGAAAAGGUUUGAUUUUGAUUAUACAACCAUGCAUAGAAUUAAACUGAAUGAUCGAAUGUCAUUUCCGGAGGAGCUGGAUAUGAGCACAUUUAUUGAUAUUGAAGAUGAGAAAUCUCCUCAGACUGAAAGUUGCACUGAUAGUGGAGCAGAAAAUGAAGGCAGUUGCCACAGCGACCAGAUGAGUAAUGAUUUCUCCACGGAUGAUGCUGUUGAUGAAGGGAUAUGCCUGGAGAGCAGUAGUGGGAGUGAGAAGAUUUCAAAACCUGGCCUGGAAAAGGUAGAGAUGGCGGAGACAGACCAGAGAAAGGAUCCCAUCCAAUUCCAGCUUGGUGAACCAAACUCCCUGAUGUAUGAGCUCUUCUCAGUGAUGGUGCAUUCAGGGAGUGCUGCUGGAGGACACUAUUAUGCUUGCAUAAAGUCUUUCAGUGACGAUCAAUGGUACAGUUUCAAUGACCAACAUGUGAGCAGGAUAACACAAGAAGACAUUAAGAAGACACAUGGUGGGUCUUCAGGAAGCAGAGGCUACUACUCCAGUGCUUUUGCAAGCUCAACAAAUGCAUAUAUGCUGAUAUACAGACUGAAGGAUCCAACAAGAAAUGCAAAGUUUCUAGAAGUGGACGAGUACCCAGAACACAUUAAGAAUCUGGUGCAGAAGGAGAGAGAGCUGGAAGAGCAGGAAAAGAGGCAACGAGAGAUUGAACGCAACACGUGCAAGAUAAAAUUAUUUUGUUUGCAUCCUGUGAAACAAGUAAUGAUGGAAAACAAGCUGGAGGUUCAUAAGGAUAAGACGCUAAAGGAAGCCGUUGAAAUGGCUUAUAAGAUGAUGGAUUUAGAAGAUGUGAUUCCCUUGGAUUGCUGUCGCCUGGUAAAAUAUGACGAGUUUCAUGAUUACCUGGAACGAUCGUAUGAGGGAGAAGAAGAUACACCAAUGGGGUUGCUUCUAGGAGGAGUCAAGUCCACAUACAUGUUUGAUCUGCUGUUGGAAACGAGAAAGCCUGAUCAAAUUUUUCAGUCUUACAAACCUGGAGAAGUGAUGGUGAAAGUUCAUGUUGUUGAUCUGAAAGCAGAGACUGUCGCUGCUCCUGUAACAGUGCGUGCGUAUUUAAAUCAGACAGUUACAGAGUUUAAACAGCUGAUCUCAAAGGCCACGCACUUACCUGCAGACUCCAUGAGGAUAGUGCUGGAGCGCUGCUACAAUGACCUGCGCCUUCUCAGCAUGCCCAGCAAGACCCUGAAGGCUGAGGGCUUCUUCAGAAGUAACAAGGUGUUUGUUGAAAGCUCUGAGACAGUGGAUCACCAGGCAGCCUUUACAGACUCCCACUUGUGGAAACUCCUGGAUCGACAUGCAAAUACAAUCCGGUUAUUUGUUUUGCUGCCUGAACAAUCUCCAGGAUCAUAUUCGAAAAGGACAGCAUACCAGAAAGCUGGAGGUGAUUCUGGUAAUGUGGACGAUGAUUGUGAAAGAGUCAAAGGACCUGCAGGGAAUUUAAAGUCUGUGGAUGCUAUUCUAGAAGAGAGCACUGAAAAACUGAAAAGCUUGUCACUGCAGCAGCAGCAGCAAGAUGGGGACAACGGAGACAGCAGCAAAAGCACUGAGACAAGUGACUUUGAAAAUAUUGAAUCCCCUCUCAAUGAGAGGGGCUCUUCCACCUCUGUGGAUAAUCGAGAACUUGAACAGCACAUUCAGACUUCUGACCCAGAAAACUUUCAGUCUGAGGAACGCUCGGACUCAGAUGUGAAUAAUGACCGGAGUACAAGUUCGGUAGACAGUGAUAUUCUUAGCUCCAGUCACAGCAGUGACACUUUGUGCAAUGCAGACAGCGCUCAGAUUCCUCUGGCCAAUGGACUUGACUCUCACAGUAUCACAAGUAGUAGAAGAACUAAAGCAAACGAGGGGAAAAAGGAGACCUGGGACACAGCUGAAGAAGACUCUGGGACUGACAGUGAAUAUGACGAGAGUGGCAAGAGCAGGGGGGACAUGCAGUACAUGUACUUCAAAGCUGACCCCUACACUGCGGAUGAAGGCUCUGGGGAAGGACACAAAUGGUUGAUGGUGCAUGUUGAUAAGAGAAUCACCCUGGCAGCUUUCAAACAGCAUUUAGAACCUUUUGUUGGAGUCCUCUCCUCUCACUUCAAGGUUUUUCGAGUGUACACCAGCAAUCAAGAGUUUGAGACCGUCCGGUUGAAUGAGACCCUUUCAUCAUUUUCAGAUGACAAUAAGAUCACAAUCCGACUGGGGAGAGCACUGAAGAAGGGAGAGUACAGAGUUAAAGUGUGCCAGCUCUUAGUCAAUGAGCAAGAGCCAUGCAAGUUUCUGCUAGACGCUGUGUUUGCUAAAGGCAUGACUGUGCGGCAAUCAAAAGAGGAGCUGAUUCCUCAACUCAGGGAGCAGUGUGGCUUAGACCUCAGCAUCGACAGGUUUCGUCUAAGGAAGAAAACAUGGAAGAAUCCUGGCACUGUCUUUUUGGAUUAUCAUAUUUAUGAAGAAGAUAUUAAUAUUUCCAGCAACUGGGAAGUUUUCCUGGAAGUUCUUGAUGGUGUGGAGAAGAUGAAGUCCAUGUCACAGCUUGCCAUCUUAACAAGACGCUGGAGGCCUGCAGAGAUGAAGUUGGACCCCUUCCAGGAGCUUGUGUUGGAAAGCAAUAGUGUUGAUGAACUCCGAGAGAAGCUAAGUGAAAUCAGUGGGAUUCCUUUGGAAGACAUUGAAUUUGCCAAGGGUAGGGGAACCUUCCCCUGUGAUAUUUCUGUCCUUGAUAUUCAUCAAGAUUUGGACUGGAAUCCUAAAGUCUCUACCCUGAAUGUUUGGCCUCUUUAUAUCUGUGAUGAUGGUGCCGUCAUAUUUUAUAGGGAUAGAACAGAAGAAGUGAUGGAAUUGACAGAUGAGCAAAGAAAUGAAUUGAUGAAAAAGGAAAGCAGCCGACUGCAGAAGACGGGACAUCGUGUGACAUACUCCCCUCGCAAAGAGAAAGCACUCAAGAUCUACCUGGAUGGGGCGCCAAAUAAAGAUGUGGCUCAAGACUGACUGCCAGUGUAGCCUUUCCCCUGAGGGCUUGUUUAAGUAGAUGGUUCACUACUGCUGGGUAGUGCCAUUUUGGCCGGACAUGGUUUGGGUAAUCCCAUGACACCAGCACUGAUUGGACUGCCCUUCACCAAUCAGAAGCUCAGUGCCCAGUGGGCCACUGUCUUGACUUGGAAUCAUGUUGUGCACUAUGGUCAGAUGUACUGUAAAGCCAAGGAUGUGCAAAGAGAAACAAGCAAAGCCUGCUACUAUGAAGGGAGGGGGACAAGUAGAUUCAUUGAUUGCGGACAAAUGUGCACAUAGCCGCUAGUAAAACUAGCCUCAAACAGGAUGCUCAUAGCUUAAUAAUAAAAGCUGUGCAAAGGCCAUGAAUGAAUGAAUCUUCUGUUUAUUUCAUUGAUACACACAUUACCUCAUUGACAGUUCUGAAGCAAAUGCAACUGUGUUGACUUUUGAAAAGCAGCAAAGAGGAGCUGAAGGAGUUCUUAGAGCCAGUGUAGCCCUCAGAGGAAUUAGGAAGGUGUGUUAUUUUAUUUGACUUUUUUGCAAAGUAUUAAGAACCUUAGGGAGACAGCCCAACAUCUGUUUCCUCGGGCCACGCCCAGUAGGUGUGCUCAGCUGCUACAGGUUUGUGAUUAGAGCCAACUGUCUGUAAGCUAUGGAUGUAGAGAAUGUCUCCCUCCUUCACUCGGGCCGGCCGGCAUGUAAAUACAGCGGUCCUGUUGAGUUCUCCCAGCUGCAGCUUCGAUGUCUGCCAAGGUUCUUUGCCUCUCAUUGUCAUGUACAUUUGUGUACACUAAAGCUUAGCGGUCGGUCUGUCUGUGUACUCCUCGGUAAGACUCCAUAGGAUGUAUUUGCUCGUUAAUGAGGGUUCUCUGUUCAGUAGCUUCAAGAUCUUUUCUCUGUACAUUUAUUUUCCAAAAAUUGCUUCAAGUUUGAGUCUUCUAGAAUGCUUGUAAAGUCCCGUUUUAAUUUUAAGAGUCGAUUUGUAGUUCUGUAGUGUAACUUUGGGAACCAUCUGCCCAUCUAUGGAAUAAAGUUUCUCGGGGGCCUUGGCGUAGACUCGGUGCCACAUGAUUCAUUGCAGAGCGUGCUAGCGUCAGCAGGCCUCUUCUGCUCUGCUAAGUACAGUUUCAAAGAAUACGAUUCUACAUAAACUUUGAAAUACUAUCUAAUUUAUAAAAGUCAAUAAAAGGUUUUGGUAAAACUUUUUCAUGCAAGAUGCUGUUUACAACAAUGAACAUGCCAAUAAAACAUUUGUUCAUGUU